AUGAUCGCCACCGCUCUCUCCGCCCUCAUCGCUGCGCCUGCAGCCUGCGCCGGUACCUACCCCAUCGUCGACUCUUACGCCGGCGAGAAGUUCUUCGACCAGACCAUGCAUUCCGACUGCGAACGGCUGGAUGCCAUCGGAUUCGGCCCGGAUGGGCUGAAGUUGAACUCUCGAGCACGCUGUCCCCCCCGAUUUGAGUGUGCGAACCACCCUGCUAACUUCAGCGACGGAUGGAACAUCCCCAAGGCGCAGACGGCCGGUAUCCCUCCCUGGGAUGACACCACCAGCGGUGAUGUCUUCUGGGCGGCCAAGGACAACAGCUCCGUCUUCUCGGUCAACGAGGCCGGCCGUGUUAUUUUGAAGGUCGACAACGAGUCCUUCGUCCCUUACAACGAGAAGCGUUUCGCUCCCAAGCUGGAGUCGAAGCAUGCUUACCAGUUUGACACCGUGUUCGUCAUGGACGCCGUCAAGGUGCCGUACGGCUGCGGUGUCUGGCCGGCCUUCUGGACCGCCGCGCUCGGCACCUGGCCCGAUGGAGGCGAGAUCGACAUCUUCGAGGGUGUCAACCGUCAGGAGACGAACCAGUACGCUGUCCACACCGCGGGCGAGGGGUGCUACGCCGACUUUAGCGUGCAGAUGCUCGGCGAGCCGGGUGUGGACAACUGCUCGAUCGGCGCGAACUAUGGCGCGGGCUGCACUGUGAAGGAUAGAAACCAGAACAGCUACGGACCCGCGUUCGCGCAGGCCGGCGGUGGUGCUUACAUCAUGGAGUUCACGAAGGAGUUCAUCAAGAUCUGGUUCAAGACGCGUUCUGAGGUGCCGCAGUCGAUGACCACUGAUGCCAAGGAGAUCAACACCGACGAGCUGGGCGAGCCGACGGCGUUCUACCCCAACACGCGUUGCAACAUUGAGAGGUUCUUCAAGCCGCAGUCGGUCAUCAUCGACAUCACCAUGUGCGGUGUCUGGGCUGGUGUUAAGAGCACUCUGCAGCAGACCUGCCCGCCUCUCGGUGAACGUGGGUUCGACCUUGACGUCCCUCUGGAUAAGCGAGUCCUGAGCGCUAAUAGCACAGAGGAGAGCUGCUACCUCAAGUAUGUCAUCAACGACCAGAAGGACCACCUCAAGGACGCGUACUUUGAGCUCAACUACAUCAACAUUUUCUCCAAGGCUGAUGUCAUUGGAGGCGACUCUGACGACAAGAAGGACAGCAAGGAGAACGAGAACAAGGACAACAAUGGCAACAAGGACAACAAGGACGGAGAGUCCAAGACGUCCUCGGCGAGCAGCCCUGGUACCACCGGUAGUGGCGGUGAGAUCAUCGGUGCUAGCAACAGCGGCGCCUCGCAGACUGGGCCCGUUGCGGUCGCUGCCGGCGUUCUCGGUGCGGCCGUUGCGCUCCUGCUCUAG